AUGACUUACCCAGCAGACAAGCCAGCUUCAGAAUGGCAAGCGCAGUUGAGCAAAGAACAAUUCCGGAUCCUACGCGAAAAGGGCACCGAAGCACCGUUCACGGGCAAAUAUGACAAACACAUGCCUACGUCAGGCACUUACACUUGCGCCGGCUGCAAUGCUCCUCUCUACAAAGCCAACCACAAGUUCAAGUCAGGCUGCGGAUGGCCUGCGUUCUUCGAUGCAGUUCCAGGAGCGGUGACAAGACACACCGAUCGCACGUUUGGUAUGGAGAGGACGGAAAUCGUUUGCAGCAAUUGUGGAGGGCAUUUGGGACAUGUGUUCAAGGGAGAGGGAUAUGCUACGCCGACGGAUGAGAGACAUUGUGUGAACUCGGUAUCGAUAAACUUCUCGGACGAGGAUCCGGUUGUUGAUAAAGCGAAGGCUUAG